GUCGUUAAUCCAGCCCUUCAUUGCUAGCAUGUUUUUUAAUUAGAAUUACUGGUAGCUGGAAUUCUUACAUGAUUCUAGCUGUUGCAGUGGAUGUAACGUAACACGCUACAAAGUUGCUCCGCAGUUCAGGGAGGGAGAGAAAGGUGACGCUUGUUUAUUUAAAUCAGGGGGAGAUGAGUUUAUUUCCGGAAAAUUGUACAGUAAAACUUUAUCAUUAAACGGAUGUCUUCUCCAUUAGAUUUAGAUAACUGUGAGGAGACGGGUAGCCUGGCUGGCUCAGAGGCUGGCAGCUCCUGUUCACUACCUUCUGUUUUCGUCGAGGCAGCCAGAAAUAAAAUGUCCCAGGUGAAGGUAGAUGAGUGUCACCGUGCAAUUACAAAGUUUAUUGUUAAGGGUUUGCACUCAUUUUCUACAGUAGAGGCCCCUGAAUUUCGGUAGGUGAAUGUGAGGCUGUUCUCAGGUUGUCAUGUUAGAUUGUCUAAAUAAAAUAUCAAACUCAUUCAUUGUCAUAUAUUCUCUAGGGAAAUGACCAUGGCUCUGAACCCAAAAUACAAAGCCCCAAGCAGAGAAAGCCUAAGCAGCCAUUUGAUCCCUGCUUGGUAUAAUGUUGAAAAGGGAAAUCUGAUCUCUGAGCUGAAAACAGUGUCGAAGGCAGCAAUCACGGCUGAUGGAUGGACAAGUUUUAGUCAGGAUCAUUAUCUCACAGUUACUCUGCACUAUGUGAGCAAUGGCCAGGCAAAGGAAAAGGUCCUAAAAACCAAAGCUGUGUACCAAGCUCAGACAGGCUCAGCUGUAGCAGAGGAGAUUGAUGACAUCCUAGAGGAAUAUGGAAUACGUGAAAAGGUUGUGGCAGCAACUGUUGACAAUGCAGCCAACAUGGAUGUAGCCAUCAAACAGCUGAGCAUCCUGAAAUUUCCAUGCUUUGCCCACACGCUCAAUCUGGGAGCGCAGAAGCUGUACAAUUGCACAACAAUUUCAAAUUGGGCAGCACGAGUUCGAGCAGUGAUAGUUUGGAUGAAGAGGUCACACAUGGCAAAAGUUGUUCUAAAAGAGAAACAAGGCCUGUUCAAGCUGCCCAAGCACAUGCUCCUCCUGGAUGUAAGGACCAGGUGGAAUUCCCUGUAUUUGAUGAUGGAGAGAUUCUGUGAGCAGUUCCCUGCUAUCCAGGCGGCAGCCAUAGACCCACGUAUACGAAAGUCCAUGGAGAAGGAAAGGUUAGCCAAAAUAGGCAAUGAGGACUUGGGAAAAGCAGAGGCCUUUGUGCAGCUCAUGCGGAAGCAUUACACAUCCACACUGGCUGUCUCCAGUGAGAAAAGUCCAACCUGUGGUGAGAUUUUGCCCAUCUUGCAGAAGCUGGAGCAACAGUACACUGUGCAGGAAGGUGAAUCUGCUUUCACAAGGAGCAUCAAAGAGAACAUUUGGAAUGAUCUCUCCAAACGCUACCAGGCAAGCNAAAUCAAUGGGAACUACUAG